CAUCGCGUCCAACUCCACUUCGACGCGAUGCGACAGAUGAAUCCGUGCCUCGACUUAAUGGACGAAUAAUGCCAACGCCAGCCACUACCUCACGACCUCCGAAUAUCUGAGAUUAUAGAAAGAACACAUUUUUGUUUUUACAUGCGAUUGGCGCCCAAAUACCCGAGAUAUUUAAACCAGUGGGCUCGUAGGGCGUUUGGGGCAUCGCAAAGAUGCAUAUCAAGCAGAUCAUCAUCCAAGGGUUCAAGAGCUACAAGGAACAAACCGUCAUCGAACCUUUCUCUCCAAAGUGCAAUGUGAUUGUUGGUCGCAAUGGUUCCGGAAAGAGCAACUUCUUUGCCGCCAUUCGAUUCGUACUCAGCGAUGCGUACACGCAGAUGGGAAGAGAGGAGCGCCAGGCUCUGCUCCACGAAGGUUCCGGAUCAGCUGUGAUGUCAGCGUAUGUGGAGAUCAUUUUUGAUAACGAGGAUGGCCGAUUCCCGACUGGCAAAGACGAAUUAAUUCUGAGGCGGACAAUUGGGCUGAAAAAGGACGAAUACUCUCUGGAUCGCAAGAAUGCGACGAAGACCGACGUUAUGAAUCUACUCGAAUCGGCCGGUUUCUCUCGAUCCAACCCAUACUACAUUGUUCCUCAGGGCCGCGUUACGACAUUGACAAAUAUGAAGGACACGGAACGCCUGACCCUACUGAAGGAGGUCGCCGGAACGCAAGUUUAUGAGGCUAGAAGAGCUGAGUCGCUCAAAAUCAUGACAGAGACCAAAAACAAGCGCGACAAGAUUGAUGAGCUUCUCGACUAUAUCAGGAGCAGGCUGAAGGAUCUUGAAGAAGAGAAGGAAGAACUGCGGGGAUAUCAAGACAAGGACAAGGAAAGGAGAUGUCUCGAUUAUACCCUGCUUCACAGAGAGCAAGUCAAAAUAGCCGAGCGCCUUGACGAGAUAGAAGAGUUUCGCCAGGGUGGCACAGAUAACAUGGAUGAGAGCAGAGAAGCGUUCAUCGAUGGAGAGAACGAGCUCGCAGCUCUUAAAGAUGAGGUCAAACAGUUGUGCAACCAAAUGGAGCUGCUCAAGAUUGACAAACGUCAACUUGAAGAAGAUCGCCGGGAGUCAGCAAGAUCCCAAGCCAAGGUUGAGCUUAAAGUCAAGAAACUCGCAGAUGGCCAGUCCGCCUCGGAGCAAGCGCGGCAACGUCAAAAGCAAGAACUCCAGGCUGUGAAGAAGGAGAUGUCCGAGAAAGACGCAGAACUUGCGAAUAUUGUCCCCGCCUACAAUAAAGCAAAGGCACAAGAGGUCGAGGUAAAGUCUGCGCUAGAUGGUUCGGACGCCAGCAGGCAACGCCUUCUGUCGAAACAGGGUCGUAACUCUCAGUUUAAGUCUAAAGCCGAGCGAGAUAAGUGGCUUAGAAAAGAGAUUGAAGUGCUCAAUAACACUCUUGCCACCCAAAAAGCCAACCGCAUGGAUGCCGACGAAGAUGUAAAGGCUGUUCAAACCGAAAUCAAAGGUCUUGAGAAGGAAAUCAGCGGCCUGCGCGAAAGAUUGGAAGGCUGGGGUGGCAACAGACAAGCGCUUACUGAACAGGUCACCAAUGCAAAGGAUGCGCUUGAGCGUCUGUCUGACGACAGAAAAGUUCUUCGCCGUGAAGACGACAAACUCGAGUCCAUCACUGAAAAUGCACGCCGCGAGAUGAACAGGGCUGAACAAGAUCUUGCGCAUUCUAUGGACGGGGCGACUGCACGAGGUCUCGCAACCGUCAGACGCUUGAAGAGGGAACAAAACAUCUCAGGAGCUUACGGGACGGUGGCGGAACUCCUUCAAGUUGGUGAGAACUACCGUAUAUCAGUCGAGCAAACGGCCGGGAACAGCUUGUUUCAUUACAUAGUGGACAAUGAGGCGACGGCCACGAAAUUAGCCAAGGCGCUCUACGACCAGCACGGUGGAAGAGUUACAUUUAUGCCCCUGUCCCAACUCCGCCCACGACCCGCAAAUUUCCCUAAAGCCAACGACGCAAUCCCAAUGCUGAGCAAGAUCAAAUACGAUGCGCGAUAUGAGAAUGCCUUCCAACAAGUAUUUGGCAAGACCAUCAUCUGCCCAAACCUAACCAUUGCUGGCCAGUAUGCGCGCAGCCACGGUCUCAAUGCGAUUACUACGGAUGGCGACACUGCCAACAAGAAGGGUGCUAUGACUGGUGGCUACAUCGACCCGCGCAAAUCGCGCAUUGAAGCUGUCCGCGCCGCCGAGCGCUGGCGUGAGGAGUACGACGGCCACCGUGUCCGCGCGACAGAGCUCAGACGCGAAAUCGAGCGGAAGGACCAGGAGAUUACCGCCGCCAUGAGCGACCUGCAGAAACUAGAGCAGAGCCUGCGGCGACUCGACGACAGCUUCGAUCCCCUGCGCUCUGAGCUCCGCAACAAAGUCUCGCACCUUGACCAGAAGAAAGACCAACUCGACAGCAAGGUCCGAGGCCGUGAUGCAGUCGACGGCAUGCUAAAGCAGUUCGGCGACCAAACCGAAGCCUACGACGCCGAACUAGCAUCAGAAUUCAAGAAAGCCCUCACCCCCGACGAAGAGGCCCAGCUCGACGAACUCAACUCCUCCGUCCAAGACCUCCGCAGCCAAUGGAACGACCUCAGUUCCGCCCGCCGCAAACUCGAGAACCGCAAAAACCUCCUCGAGAUCGACAUCCGCGAAAACCUCCGCCUCAAGCUCGACCAGCUCAACAACCAAGAUGCAGACGCCAGCGCCUCCGGCGACUCCCACGACCUCAAAGAAGCCCAGCGCGAGCUGAAACGCAUCACCAAGGCCGCCGCCGCCAUCGACGCCAAGCUCGCCGCCAACGAAUCCGAGAUCGAGCGCGCUGACUCGGAAACCGCGCGUCUCCGUCGCGAACAGGCUGCUAAGGAGGCGCAGCAGGAGGAGCUCGCUAAGACGAUGGAGACGGUUAAGAAGAAGAUGGAUCGCAGCAUCUCUAAGAAAGCGGAACUCACCGCCCUCGCUGCCGAGUGCGCGAAGAAUAUCCGCGACCUCGGCGUCCUCCCCGAAGAAGCAUUUGAGCGCUUCGCCCGCAUGGAGAGUAAACAGGUCGCCAAACGACUCGAGCGCGCCCACGAGGCGCUGAAGGCGUUUAAACACGUUAACAAGAAGGCAUUUGAGCAGUAUGCUUCCUUCACCGCGCAGCGCGAGACGCUCACGAAGCGCCGCAAGGAACUCGAAGCCAGCCAGGGCUCUAUCGAGGAACUCGUCCUUGUCCUAGAUCAGCGCAAGGACGAGGCUAUCGAGCGGACAUUCAAGCAGGUCUCGCGCGAGUUCGCGGGCGUGUUUGAGCGCCUUGUUCCGGCGGGGAGGGGGAGAUUGGUUAUCCAGCGCAAGACGGAUGUUAAUCUCGAUGAAGAGGAGGGCGGGGGGGAGGGAGUGGAGAAUUAUACCGGUGUGGGGAUCUCGGUGUCGUUUAAUAGUAAGCAUGAUGAGCAGCAGCGGAUUCAGCAGCUUAGUGGUGGCCAGAAGAGUCUCUGCGCCCUAGCCCUCGUCUUCGCAAUCCAACAAUGCGACCCGGCCCCCUUCUACCUCUUCGACGAAAUCGACGCCAACCUCGACGCCCAAUACCGCACCGCCGUCGCCCAAAUGCUCGCCGCCGUCUCCGCGCAACAAUCGCAAGCCGCCGCCGGCGCGCUCGCCGAGGGCGAACGCGUCAUGAGCGGACAGUUUAUAUGUACGACGUUCAGGCCGGAGAUGGUGUUGGUGGCGGAUAAGACGUAUGGCGUUAUGUUUGGGGCGAAUAAGACGAGUAGGGUGGAGGCAGUUAGUAGGGAGAAGGCGUUGGAGUUUGUGGAGGGGCAGAAGCCUUAGGGGAUACUCUGUCUCUGUCUGCUGGAAGUUGGUG